UUGUAGAAAUGGGAAUGCAGAACUCAAAAGGGCAGGGUGACGACAUAAUAUCGCAGAAGUCUUUGGAUGUGGUGAAGACACUUAUACAUUUUCUCAAAGAACAUGCUAGAGUAGAAGGAUUAUUUCGACGAGCAGGGCGUCGCGAACUCCGACGACAUAUUCUAAAUUCGCUGAAGAAAGGUCAUAAACCACAUUUUGAAGAUUCGAAUAAUGCGGCUCUGGAAUGUGCGGCGGCUCUACAAAUUUUUCUCAGCCGCUUAAAAAAGCCGAUUAUGCCGCAACACGUACAAGAAUUGAUCCUUGCUGACAAUCCAGGUGUUGAAGCACAAGUUAUCGCGCAAGAUGCUUUAGGACUUAUUAGACAGGAUGUUGGUGGUCGUCACGGCGAGCUCUUGAUUCAUGUCUUAGAUCUCUUAAGGCACUUGACUCUAUCAGGACCCCCAUCUGAGUGUUCCGAAUUACGUGGAUCUCCUUUGCCUGUCGCACUUUUGCCAGUGUUUUUUAAUUUAUCUCCCGGUGAUUUGACGAGAUGGAAGCAGGUGGCAACUAGAUUCAAUGAAUUAAUUACGGAAGCCGCUGCACAACUUCAUCGAGACGAACGACGUGGCAUUCAUACAGAAGCUGUAUUAAAUUCCACGGCGAGUUACACUGAUACAGCUUCAGCUUCGCUAGAAGAGUCUGAAGACUUAACGAGAUGGCAGGGAUUCUCAUUAUUAUAUCCUAUUGUCCGACUUAGAGAUCAUUGUAAUGCUUGUCACGUUGGUGAGAUGGCACGUAUUCUUAUUACACCAUUACAACGUCCAAUCGUCGGUCGGUUACAUCCGGCAAUUGUUAAUCCUAAUUAAAAAUUUAAUAAUCGAAUAAAUGUGCUAUUUUUUAAUGGAAAUUAUUGUAUUUAUAUCAUUGAAAUUUGUCUAUGUUGUCUAAAUUGAUUGAACAAUUCAAUUAUAAUUCACAAUUAAAAUAUUGUCUACAUGCUAUUGAUGAACAAUAAUAAUUUUUGAUCUAAAGCUAGUAAAUUAUAUCUGUAAUGGAGAAAGAUAUGUUCAUUUAAACAAUUAGGAAUUAUUUUCAAAUACAUAUAUUUUCAUAAAUAUCUUUCGGUGCUUCUAUACAUCAAACUGCAAAUAAAAAUUUGAUAUACAUUAUAAAUAAAUUAUAUUAUAAAAUUUUAUACGAUAAAAACAAUUUAUUGCUAAUUACGCGAGCAAAACGUAGAUAAAAUUUCUUUGCAUGUACAAGAUGUGAUCAAAGUGUGCAAUUAAACCUUGUGACUUAAAUUUCAAAAUUUAACAGUAUGCCAUUUUUUAUGAAAUGGUUUAGACCAACUUCCUUUAGGCACUCCUAAAAUGUAACUGUGUAAUUCAAUCGCACACGAUAUUUUCAGGUGCAUUCUUCUAUGAUACUAUGAUGAUUGAAAAUACAUAAAAAGUAAAGAUUAUUUCAUAACAAGCACGUGUAUGGAACUACGCUUACAUAUAGGAAAUUCUAAAGAAUACAACGAAAUAUUAGAGACAUAUUCCUUUAAAAAUAAUAUUGUCUCCUCUUAUUUGAAAUUAAAAUCAUUAUUGUUGAUAAUAAUCCUUUUAAUCCUUACUCUGGAUUCUUUUUUUAAAGAGAAAAAAUAUUGACUAUUUAAAAUUGAAUUAAAAGAAACAAAUUUUUAUGAAUUUUUUACUUAAUUUUUAAAAAUAAUUUUUAUAUUUCAAAGAAAGCACAAAUUUUUAUUUUAUAAAUAAAAUAUAAAAUUCGCCGAUUAAACUUAAAAGAAUUCG